AUGGGCGGUGGUUAUCCAAUUCCCGUUGAAUCACUAGGAUCAACAAACCAUUUAAACCUUCCUGAUUCAAACCCUCUAACUUCAAACCCACCUCCGGUGUCAACCCCACCUUCGGUUUUAACCCCACCUUCGGUUUCAACCCCACCUCCAUUGGCAAACCCUGAAUAUGAUGAUCCAUUUGGUUGGACGGAUGAAGAGUUGAAUUGGGCGUAUGACUAUACCUUCGCUCAACUACAAUUUGGUGGACUACAAAUUGAGGGGUGCCAUCGUCCGGUGCCAAACACUCCUAUACUUCCUAUGCAUCCUCCACCUUCAAACCCCCCUUAUGUGGAAAACUACAGUCAAACACAAGAACUACCGACCUGGGCUGAAGGGUACGAAACUGACCCUGGGGCGGUUUACGAACCACCAUUGGAUGAAAAAAUGGAUAUGUCUGAUCAUUUUUCCGUUGAAGAAUUUUCAUCAUUGACAAUUGAUAGAGCAUGGUAUAAUAUAAUCUUUGUUAAGGUGGAGUUUAUUUGGCAUGACGUCGAUGGAAAGAGAUUAGUGGUUAUAUUUCUUGAUCAACACAGACAAAAAAUUGUUGCGUUCGUCCCACAAAAUUUGAUACACAAAUAUAAUGACGCGUCAUUGAUGGGUGGUUUUUUUUCGUUGAAUCAUUUCCAAAUUGAGAAUCUCAACUAUCUUGAGUGCCCAAAGUACCAGAAUUACGUGUUAGUUUGGUCCGAGAAGAAAAUUGUCAUCAACGAAUAUACAAAGCUUUCUUCACUUACGCUUACGAUUCCAAGGGGUGCUUCUUUAUAUCCAUUGGUCCCUUCCAUUAUAGAAUUGAAGCAUGACAGGAGACCUCAAAUGGAUAUUGUUGAUGUGGUUGGGAGAAUAAUAGAAGGCAAACGUGAUCGAUGUUGUUUUGAACUUUCUCUUCAAGAUAAGACUGGUCACACAAUACAAUUGUUUUUGUCUGCCCUGAAGCCUUCCGAUGUUAUACGUUCCAUUCGAGCCGUGCAACAAAGGUCCAUCAUAUAUGUAUCACGUCUCAAGUUGGUUCAUCUACCAGAUAGUAUGUUAUGCUUUACACAUGAACAUUCUAAUAAUUAGUUAGAUCUAAUGGCUCAUGUAGUUUAAUAAAAGUUAUAUUUUAUUUGUUAUUUCAGUUAAUAUUUUGAAGUCUACGGAGUUGAGUACGAUUACGUACGAACCGGAUAUGGUCGAGGCACGGGAUAUGUAAAUUAUGGAUCGUUAUCCAAUUUGUGUUUAAGUUAGAAACAUUUGGUGUUGUUAUUUGUUUAGUUGUUGAAUAUUAAAGUCUCUCUUGGUGUUUCGUGUUUUGCUUUUUGUUUCCC